UCUCGGAAUUAGACUAAUCUUUUUUACUAUGAAUUAGAUCCUAAUGUAACACACUAAUACUCCUACACCAUAACUGAAUCAUCUUAGCGGAAUAGUAUAAUUAAGUUAAAAGAUCUCGCCGCCGUGUCACCUCCGUCGUCAUCGCCGUCGGAGAAACAACCGCAUUACAACUCUCUCUCACUACACUCGCCGUCUCUCCGAUCCAUCACAACCAACGAUCUGAGUGUUUGUUUGUUCUAUUGAGAACCGAGGAAGGUUCAAGCACAUGAUAUUUUGAUAUCUAUCUGUGAUAGGAAGACCAUGGGACGAGCUUCACCAUUACUUGUAAUAUGUUUGGUUCUUGGUUCUUCCUUUGCUACAUAUAAUUUGGUCACAAUGAUAAUCCACUACGGAUCGUUAGAAAGUGUAUCUGCCGAGGAUGGUGGAUUGUUUUUUGACCCCAUUAUCGAGAUGCCUGAACAUGUGAAGAAUCGGAAAACAACUAAAGUACCGUUUCAUAUUGCCCUAACGGCUACCGAUGCUGUGUACAGCAAAUGGCAAUGUCGCAUCAUGUAUUACUGGUAUAAAAAACAAAGGAAUUUACCCGGGUCAGAGAUGGGAGGAUUCACUAGAAUUUUGCAUUCUGGAAAGGCUGACAACUUGAUGGAUGAAAUUCCUACUGUUGUUGUUGAUCCUCUUCCGAAAGGUCUUGACCGGGGAUACAUCGUUCUGAAUAGACCAUGGGCUUUUGUUCAGUGGCUGCAAAAGACUAAAAUUGAGGAAGAAUAUAUUUUAAUGGCAGAACCUGAUCACGUAUUUGUACGCCCUCUUCCCAAUCUGGCAUAUGGAGCACAUCCGGCUGCUUUUCCAUUUUUUUAUAUUAAGCCGCAGCAGAAUGAAAAAAUUGUAAGGAAGUAUUACCCCGAGGAAAAGGGACCCGUUACAAAUAUUGAUCCGAUUGGCAAUUCUCCUGUAAUUAUCAGAAAGGAUUUGAUUUCAAAAAUUGCUCCCACAUGGAUGAAUAUUUCAUUGAAGAUGAAAGAGGAUCCAGAGACCGAUAAAGAGUUUGGAUGGGUGCUAGAAAUGUAUGCUUAUGCUGUCGCAUCUGCCCUGCACGACGUGAAACAUAUUCUACGGAAAGACUUCAUGCUACAGCCACCGUGGGAUCUUGAAACUUACAAUAAGUACAUUAUUCAUUAUACUUAUGGGUGUGACUACAAUCUAAAGGGCGAAUUGACUUACGGUAAAAUUGGCGAGUGGAGAUUUGACAAAAGGUCACAUCUAGAAAGACCUCCACCAAGAAACUUGCCCUUACCCCCUCCAGGUGUUCCUGAAAGUGUGGUGACUCUGGUAAAGAUGGUGAAUGAAGCUACUGCAAACAUCCCCAAUUGGGAUACAUUGUAAAUAUUUUUAUUUAUUCAUUCAUGAUAUUCAAAAUGCAUGUUUUGAUAGUUCUAAAAGAGUGUAGACAUGGAGAUAAUAGUUUAUAUUUUUCUUCCUUGUUUAGUCAUAGAACCAUAGAAAAAUUUGCACCACAAUACCUCACUAUACACCUCUAAUUAGAUGAUAAUUUAAACGAAGGAUUAUACUUUGUUUUCGUGGUGAUAUUCUUGAAUGAGACAACGAUACCGAAUAAUUUCUUCGAGUAA